AUGGAACCGCGCAACAUUGAGAAUGCUCGUUCCAAUUUCCGUAAUAGGGGUUAUCUGCCAAUUGAGAAUUAUGGGUUAAUUGGAAAUUUACGUACGGUCGCCUUAUGUGGCACUGACGGGUCUAUAGAUUUCAUGUGCUAUCCAAAGUUUGAUAGCCCUUCUAUUUUUGUCAGAUUGUUGGAUCAUGAGAAGGGAGGUAGCAAUAAACAACAAUAUCAUCCAAACUCUAACAUUUUGUUAACCCGUUUCCUAGACGAAGAUGGUGUCGGUGAAAUAUCGGAUUUCAUGCAUCUUCCCGAAAAAGUUCACCGCGUCACUCCUAAGCCAUUACUUCCAUGGUUAAUUCGUCAUGUCGAUGUUGUACGGGGUGAAGUCAAUUUCCAUCUCGAAUUAUUUCCUGCAUUUAAUUAUGCACUAGAUUCUCACACGACUGAGAUUGUUGAUUACAAUGUCAAAAAAAAAGAUGGGAGUGAGUACAUGGGAAACAAGAGAGUUAUAUUCACUUCAAAUAGUUUACAGAUGGAUCUUAGAUAUAUUAUUGAAGAUGGAGAAACAGAGGUUCCAUGCAUUGAGUUUAGAAUAGUCGAGAGGGCAGGGUUCAAAGGGCCGGGAGUGGAAGCGAAUUUUACAUUGAGAGGGGGGCAAAAGGUGGAUUUCAUAUUUAGACAAGUUCCCGUUACGACAGCUGAUGGGGAACUGGAUCCUGAAAUUAGUUCAAAAUUUUUAAAGGGCAUGUUCAGAGAAACAUUGAGUUUUUGGCAGUCUUGGAUUGCUCAAAGUACUUAUAAGGGAAGAUGGAGAGAAUUUGUUCAUAGGAGCGCAUUGGCUUUGAAAUUGUUGACCUAUGAACCGACAGGAGCUGUAGUAGCAGCGCCAACUUUUGGACUUCCGGAAGAAAUUGGUGGUCCAAGGAACUGGGAUUACAGAUAUACAUGGGUUCGAGAUUCGGCAUUCACUUUCUAUGCAUUGAUGAAGUUAGGGAUGACCGAGGAAGCAAAAAACUAUAUUAACUUCAUGGAUGAAAGAUGUCGAGAUUUGAAUGAGGAUGGAUCACUGAACAUUAUGUACUCUAUCGAUGGUCACAAGGAACUCACGGAGAUAGAACUUACUCAUCUGGAUGGAUAUCGAUGUUCUCGUCCGGUGCGCAUAGGCAAUGGGGCGUACUCUCAUUUACAACUCGAUAUCUACGGAGAGUUCAUGGAUGCCAUGUAUUUGUAUAAUAAAUAUGGUAGCCCAAUUUCCUAUGAUAUGUGGGUAAGUAUUAGGAAAUUGGUGAAUUACGUGUGCAAAAAUUGGAUGGAGAAAGACAUGAGUAUUUGGGAGGUUAGAGGGCAAAAGCAAAAUUUCACUUAUUCUAAACUUAUGUGCUGGGUAGCUGUUGAUAGAGGAUUGAGAUUGGCAGAGAAGCGUUGCCUUCCGUGCCCCGAUCGAGAUCAUUGGUUAAAAGUUCGUGACACAAUAUAUGAAGAUAUAAUGGAAAAUGCAUGGAACCCUCAACGAAAAAUAUUCACGCAAUCUUAUGAAUCAAUGGACCAGUUGGAUUCCUCGGUGUUGAUCAUGCCAAUGGUAUUUUUUAUUAGCCCCACUGAUCCAAGAUUUUUGACCACCGUGAAACAAAUUUUGUUACCUCCUGAAAAAGGGGGUCUGAUGGUCAAUAAUCUCGUAUUCCGAUACAAUACCUCAUCCACUGACGAUGGACUUGGUGGUGAAGAGGGCUCAUUCUCCAUGUGCACGUUCUGGUUGAUCGAAUCAUUGACAAGGGCCGGAAGAUAUGAUAAGAAUCUAUUAGAAAAGGCCGAAUUUAUAUUUGAGCAAAUAAUUAAAUAUGGAAAUCAUCUCAAUUUGUUUAGCGAGGAAAUUGCGAGUAGCGGAGAGCUAUUGGGAAAUUUCCCGCAAGCGUUUACGCACAUUGCACUUAUUAGCG